CCCGGCUCCCGCCCCGCCCCGUCCUCGGCUCCCCGAAGCUGGAACCGGAGCCGGAGGAAGCCCCCCGUGCCAGGAUCUGCCUCGGACCCGAGCUGCCAUUUCCCAGCUGGGGCAGUGGAAGGGCUUGCACAGUCGUGCUCCCUGGGCCCCGAGUUCCGGGGACAGGAUCUGAGCCGCUCCCCCACCGCGCAGGCGCCCCGCUGCGGCUGGCACCAUGGACAGCGAGGCUUUCCAGAGCGCGCGGGACCUCCUGGACCUGAAUUUCCAGUCGCUGGCCAUGAAGCACAUGGACCUGAAGCAGAUGGAGCUAGACACCGCGGCCGCCAAGGUGGACGAACUGACCAAGCAGCUGGAGUCGCUGUGGUCAGACUCGCCGGCACCUCCUGGCUCGCAGGCUGGAGCCCCCACUAGGCAAUCCCGGUACAGCUCCAGCCCGAUCCCCGAGUCCUUCAGCAGCCGAGGCUCCCCGAGAAAGGCGGCCACCGACAGCGCAGACUCAUUCGGACGCUCGGAGAGUGCCCCGGCCUUGCAUUCGUACAGCCCACUGUCACCCAAGGGCCGGCCGGCGUCGCCGCGCACCCUACUCUACCUUCAGCCGGAGGCCUACAGCAGCUUGGACCGCUCGCCCUCGCCCCGGCCCCGCGCCUUUGAUGGCGCAGGCAGCCCCCUGGGCCGUGCUCCCUCCCCGCGGCCAGGGUCGGGCCCACUCCGCCAGCAAGGUCCCCCUGCACCCUUCGAUUUCCUGAGCCGCGCGGGCUCCCCACGUGGUAGCCCUCUGGCAGAGGGGCCCCAGGCCUUCUUCCCUGAGCGCGGACCCUCGCCGCGCCCCCCUGCCUCAGCCUACGAUGCGCCCGGGGCUUUCGGGAGCCCUCUGCUGGGCGCGGGCGGCAGUGCCUUCGCCCCGCCUCUGCGUGCCCAAGAUGACCUGACGCUGCGCCGACGCCCCCUUAAAGCCUGGAAUGAAUCUGACUUGGACGUGGUGUACGAGAAGAAACCUUCGCAGACAGCGAGCUACGAACGCCUGGACCUCUUCACGCGGCCUGCCUCGCCAGGCCUGCAGCUGCUGCCCUGGAGAGAGAGCAGCCUGGAUGGGCUGGGGGCCUCGGGCAAGGACAAUCUCACCAGCGCCACCUUGCCGCGCAAUUACAAGGUCUCGCCUCUGGCCAGCGACAGGCGCUCAGACGUGGGCAGCUACCGCCGCUCAGUGGGCGCCGCUGCGGGGCCGUCGGGCACCCUACCCCGCAGCUGGCAGCCGGUCAGCCGCAUCCCCAUGCCUCCCUCCAGCCCGCAGCCCCGCGGGGCCCCGCGUCAGCGCCCCAUCCCCCUCAGCAUGAUAUUCAAGCUGCAGAACGCCUUCUGGGAGCAGGGGGCCAGCAGGGCCAUGCGACCUGGGUCCCCCGUCUUCUCCCGAGCACCCCCCCCUAAGCUGCCUCCCCAGCCCCCCCAACCCCAGGCCCAAACACCCGCCCCAGCUGCCCAACCACCCCAACAGACAUGGGCUCCUGUGAGCGAAGGCCUCCUUAAAUCCCCCGCGGAGCUGGAGCCCGAGCCGGAACUCGAGGUGCUGCUGACCCCGGUGCUGGAGGCUGGCGACACAGACGAAGGCACUGUCACUCGACCCCUCAGUCCCACGAGGCUGCAGCCAGCGCUGCCACCCGAGGCGCAGUCGGUGCCCGAGCUGGAGGAGGUGGCUCGGGUGCUGGCAGAGAUCCCUCGGCCCCUCAAACGCAGGGGCUCCAUGGAGCAGAGCCCUGCCGUGGCCCUGCCCCCCACCCACAAGAAGCAGUACCAGCAGAUCAUCAGCCGCCUCUUCCACCGGCACGGCGGGCCAGGGCCUGGGGGGCCCGAGCCGGAGCUGUGCCCCAUCACUGAGGGAUCCGAGGGCCGGGCAGGGCCCCCCGCUCCUGCCCCACCAGCCCCCAUGCCAGCCCCAGGCCCACCCCAGAGCAGCCCGCCAGAGCAGCCCCAGAGCAUGGAGAUGCGCUCCGUGCUGCGGAAGGCGGGCUCCCCACGCAAGGCCCGCCGCGCGCGCCUCAACCCGCUGGUGCUGCUGCUGGACGCGGCACUGACCGGGGAGCUGGAGGUGGUGCAGCAGGCGGUGAAGGAGAUGAACGACCCAAGCCAGCCCAACGAGGAGGGCAUCACAGCCCUGCACAACGCCAUCUGCGGUGCCAACUACGCCAUCGUCGACUUCCUCAUCGCCGCCGGCGCCAACGUCAACUCCCCCGACAGCCACGGCUGGACGCCCCUGCACUGCGCGGCGUCGUGCAACGACACGGCCAUCUGCAUGGCCCUGGUGCAGCAUGGCGCAGCCAUUUUCGCCACGACGAUCAGUGACGGCGCCACUGCCAUCGAGAAGUGCGACCCGUACCGGGAGGGCUAUGCCGACUGCGCCACCUACCUGGCAGACGUGGAGCACAGCAUGGGGCUGAUGCACAGCGGGACGGUGUAUGCGCUCUGGGACUACAGCGCUGAGUUCGGGGAUGAGCUGUCCUUCCGCGAGGGCGACUCUGUCACGGUGCUGCGGAGGGACGGGCAGGAGGAGACCGACUGGUGGUGGGCCGCGCUGCACGGACAGGAGGGCUACGUGCCGCGGAACUACUUCGGGCUCUUCCCCAGGGUGAAGUCCCAGCGGAAUAAAGUCUAGCAGGACAGAAGUCGUCUCCCAGGGAGACAGAAGCACCACCUACCUGCUCUCCAGACCUCAGACCUGCCUCUCCAUUUAUGCUGCACCUCUCACUCUGCAGGCCUGGGGCCCUCACCACCACUUCCUGCUCCCCUGGAAUCCCAGGGAGGAGAAUCCCAGCCUUAAGUUUAGUGACCUGCCUUAGCCGUGGGAAGUCCAGGGAGUGGGGCUGGAAUCUUUUUUUUUUUUUCUUUGUGGUGCUGGGGAUCGAACACAGGACUUUCACACUGAGCUACAUCCCCAGCCA